AUGGACGGCUGGACGAGGCGGUGCCUGCGGGGGAUCCACACCGUGCUCGUGGACGACGGGCUGGACGGGGACGACGCGCUGCCGUACGACUUCUUUGACGGGGUGACGCCGGGCUCGAGCAAGAGGAUCGUCAGGAUCGAGUUUGUGGUCCCCGGCUUCAUCGAGGAGGCCUGUGCUAAGUUUGAAAGUGACGGUGCCGCUGCGUGGGGGCGGUUCGUCCAGCGGCUGAGGGACUACAUCGACGACGCCCUGCGGGACCGGGAGGUCGUGGGGUUCAAGUCGGUCAUCUGCUACCGCACGGGGCUCGCCAUCCCACGGGACGCUGACGAGGAGACGGCCCUGCGGGUGUUUGAGGGGAUUCACAGGGAGAGGACGGCGCCAGGUGCGGCGGCGUUCAAGAGGAUAGACCACCCGGGCCUCAACGAGUUCAUCGUCCACACGCUGGCCGGCGCGAUCCAGGCGUGGCAGGGCGGGUUCCGGAAGCCCAUACAGUUCCACACGGGGCUGGGUGAUAACGACAUCACGCUUACGAAGUCGUCCCCGGCGCACAUGCAGCGGUUCAUCGAGGCGUACCCGGACGUGCCGUUCGUCCUGCUGCACUCCGGGUACCCGUUCACGCGGGAGCUUGGGUACCUGGCGGCCAUGUACAAGAACGCCUACGCGGACAUCGGGGAGGUCUUCCCCUUCCUGAGCCGGGACGGCCAGAUGGGAGUCGUCCGCCAGAUCCUCGAGCUCUGCCCGGGCGAGAAGAUCCUGUGGAGCACGGACGGGCACUGGUUCCCCGAGACGUACUUCCUCGCCGUCGAGCAGGUCCGCGAGGUGCUCGACGCGGUGCUCCAGGACUACGUGCACAAGGGGGACCUGUCGCUGGGGCAGGCGAUCCGCCUCACUGAGGAUGUGUUCUACAACAACUCUAACAAGCUGUACUCUCUGGGCCUUGAGGAGGUGCGGAGGGAGAUGGGUGAUUCUGCCGAGGCAGGGUUGGACGAGGGCGGUAGUGAGCGGUCGCUCGCCCUGCUCUCCCGCCAUCUGGAGGGGGACGAGCCGCCCAGGUUCCUGGGGAUCUACUGGAACGACAUGACGGCCACGGCCAGGAUGCGAGCCGUCCCCAUCAGGCGGGUGCUGUCGAUGCUUUCCGGCGGGGAGGAGCUAUCGUUCGGUGUUACGAAAGCCGGUCUGGGUCUAACACAGCUUGAUACGCCCGCCGAGGGGGUGUCGCCCUCUGGGGAAUACAGGCUGCAUCCGGAUCUGGGAACACUACGUGCUGGACCGAAGAAGGGAUAUCUCUCUGCUCGGGGUGUAUUCAAAGAGAGCGAUGGCUCCGCGGUGCCUCUCUGCCCUCGCACAGCACUUAUAAGAGCCCUGGACACCGCCAAGGCCCACGGUUUAAACUUCACACUCGGUUUCGAGAUCGAGCUCGUCCUCAUGAAGGUGAGCGAAAAGGGGGAUACUCUCGAACCACUCGACAAGCACGGGCACGCGUGGAGCGUCGCCCGGGCGAUGGACCACGAGGCUGCGUCGAGGGUGAUCGAGCCGGCCGUCGCGGCGCUCGACGAGGCGGGCAUCUACAUCGACAUGGUCCACCCGGAGAGCGCGCCGGGCCAGUACGAGGUCGUGCUGCCCAAGGCGCCGGCGCUGCAGGCCGUGGACACCCUGCUGUUCGCGAGGGACGUCCUCUCCUCGCACGCGACGGCGGCGGGGUACAGGAUGACGCUGCACCCCAAGCCGUUCGCCGCGGCGUGCGGGACGGCGGCGCACGUGCACAUCUCGCUGCAGAGGGCGGACGAGGAGGAGGGAAAGGAGAAGGGUGAAGAGGACGUGCCGGCGGAGGUCUACGAGCCGUUCUACGCCGGGGUGCUGGCUCACCUGCGGGCCAUCGCCGCGUUCACGUACAGUAGCGCGGCGAGCUACGAGCGCGUGGUGGACGGCGUGUGGGCGGGCGGGACGUACAUAUCCUGGGGCGGGCAGAACCGCGAGACGCCGCUGCGCAAGAUCGGGGGCAGCCACUGGGAGGUCAAGUGCAUGGACGGCAUCGCGAACCCGUACCUCGCGCUGGCGGCCGUCGUCUCAGCCGGGGUGAUGGGUGUCAGGGAGGGGAGGGAGCUGGCGUGGAGGGACUGCGGCACGAGGGCGCCGGCGGCGCUGACGCAGGGCGAGCGGGAUGCGCUGGGCAUCGUGAGCAGGUUCCCGGGCAGCCUGGAGGACGCGCUGGACGAGCUCAGGUCGGAUGGGGAGCUGGUGGGCGAGCUCGGGGCGGAGCUGGUGGAGAGGUAUGUCGCCGUCAAAGAGGCCGAGCUGAAGCUGUUGACGGAUAUGGAUGGGGAGACGAGGAAGAGAUGGAUCAUGGAGAGGUACUGA